GUAUUCUUGUCGAAAUUACCGCUUGUAUUCACGUUUAUUAUUUUUCAACCAAUCAAAAACAUUUAUUACUUUAUGAUUACAUGUGACUGGUGCGCAUAGGGGUAGAGAAAAAUAUACAGUAGGAUUAGUAGAUAGACAGGGGGAGUUUACAACAUAAGACAAGACGCUAUUUCUAAGGUGAGAAAAGUAGCAACAGGAAUCAGAAUUGUGGAGAGAAAGAGAGAGCAUUAGAAAUUCAGACUUACAACAUUUUUAGAUUAACAAAUAGUUAAUGUAUUAUUAAUUCAAUAAAUAGUUAACCAUUCAUUUUUCAACACAACAAAAUCCAAAACAAAAAAAAAAAUGAUCAUUGACUAUUAUACAACAGUGUGUAUCAACCAUUGAUUUUUUUAACAUUUCAAAUCAAAUCAAUUACUAAUAGUGGUGAUAAUUGUAUAUCAGACAGUUUGAUAAAUUUCUAAACAACCUUUUCAAAUAAUCAUCAUCAAUUAACUUUGUGUCUGUGGGUAUGCGUGUGUUCAUCUAAUCAAAAAUUAAAGAAGAAGAAGAACAAUGACAACUUUAAAUCCUGAAAAUUGGAUAUCAACAAAUUUCAAUCAAAAUAAAUUAUCCUUUGAUUUCAAUGAGAAUAUUAGUACAAGUGCAAUUAAUCUUAGUAGUAAUAGUGUUAAUAUACCAUCUACUACUACGAAUACUACUACUACUAAUAACGGCAACAGUAAUAUAAUUCAUAUAUCGGAUCCAAAUUUACUGUCUUAUUCAUGUAAAACAUCUGUUACUUCAAGCGCAAAUCGAAUGGAGACAAAUCAUUCUGUCGUUACUCAAUUAAACAAUAAUAAUGGUGAUAACAGUGCCACUGACAGUUCAACUAUGAAUGAACAUCAUUCGAGUAUAAGUAAUACUUCUAACGAUAAUAAUAAUAAUAAUAAUGUAAAAUUAUCUAAUCAAUGUAUACAGAGUAAAUGUGUAAAUAAUCAUGAUACUAGAAAAGAUAAUAUGAUGAUCCAUUGUAAUGAAUGUCAAACAAUUAUAUUUGAUCAAUUUUAUUAUAGUAUUGGUGAUUAUACAUGGCAUCAAAGUUGUUUAAGAUGUUUUGAGUGUGGAUUUCUUCUUACAGAACGAUGUUAUUCUAAAGAUGGGCAUUUAUACUGUCGUGAAGACUUUGUCAAAAAUUUCGGUCCUAAAUGUUCAGCAUGUCAUCGAAUAAUUCGUAAUGGAGAAUUGGUUCGAUUUGCACGUCAUUAUGUUUAUCACAUUAAUUGUUUCCAAUGUGCAGUUUGUGAAAAACAAUUUACUACAGGCGAUCAAUAUUACCUAGUACAUAAUGACAGAUUUUUAAUAUGUUGUGAACACUAUUGCAAUCCUGGAACAUUGUCGAUUCCUUCAUCAUCAUCAUCAUCAUCAUCAUCAUCGAUAAUCAAGACUUCAUCAGAAAUGGAUUUAUUAGCUAUCCUUACAAAUUCUAACACAUCUGUCAAGGAUACUAUGAAAAUGGAGUUGAAAUCAAAGUCCUUUAACACAUUUUCUAAUUCUAUAAAUGCCUGUGAAUUAUCAGGCACUACUACUUUGAACUGUAUACAAAAGAUUACUGAUUGUGAGACAAGAAGUGAUAUGAAAAGCCAGUUAAGUCAACUGAAGGGAUCCAGUCAAUAUGAUAGUUCAGAUUCAAGUAAUCGGUUAAAUUCCACUGUACCUGAGACUCCUAUCUUCCUGUCUUCCCAAGUGAUACCGACAACAUCAAAAUUCGGUCAUUUGUCUCCUACCAUUUCAGAAGCAACAAUAGCAAUAUCUUCGACGAAUAUAAUGAUUAGUUCUACAAUGACCAAUGCUACCAGUUUAACUUCCCCUUUGAAACAAGAAUUAACAUCGACUGUAAUGCCAAUUAAAGCGAUGCUUGAAAGUGGAACUUAUAAUUCAAAACAUUUUAUUGACAAUAAACUGAACAAUUUUCAUUCAGCAUCAGAAAACUCUCUGCCAUAUCUGUCUAACAGAUACUAUCCCACUGGACAGAAUUCAAACUUGCUAACAUCAAAAAUACAACCUCCUUUUGAAAUAAAUUUUCAACAACAGUCAAACAGCUUAGAAACUAUGUCCACAUUCAAUUUGUUUUCUCAAUCUCAAGGAAAGACAGAAGGUAUAUCUUCAUCAGAUAUUGGAGAUUUAAUGAUAAACAAUGUCGUCCAGUCAUCAUCAUCAUCAUCAUCUUCAUUGACUACAGCAUCAUAUCUGUCAAAUCCUAUAUCUGAUCGUUUUUGUUCAAUUAUUCCACCUGCCUUAAAUAACAGUCUUUCUCAUACAACUCAUUCAGUGAAUGCGAAUAUUCCUUUAUUACCGUCUAAUCAACAAUUUAUUCGAAAUUCAAAACAGCUAAUCUCUAGUACUGCUGAUCAUGGAAACGAAGCCGCUGAUAUUAGCGACAAUCGAGCCGGCUGUUUGCAAAAAUUAGAUGAAACUCAAGAGAAUCUUAGAUGCUUUUCAUCCAAAGGAAUAGAGUACAACAAUACCAGUAGUAAUAGUAGUAAUAGUAACCUAGGUACCUAUCAUAAUCAAGUUAACCUACUUUGGAUGGUUAAACGUGAUAGUCAUUGUGACAGUAUGUCUAUAAAUGAAAAUCCCUUUUCUGAUGUAUACAAUCGUGAUAAUUACACGGUACGUUCCUCUUCAGUAAGUGAAAAUGUAUCAGACAAGGAAAAUCAAUUGCUUAAAUCAAAAGAAAGGGGUUAUUUGACAAGAAAUGAAAAAAUACACUUGACAGUUGAUGAAGAUCACCAAAAUAAAGCUGAUUGCAUACCUAUACUAAAUAAAAACAAGAUAAAUAUCAGCGAAGUUCAUGAUAGUCACCUGCUCAAUGAUAAUAAUACAGGCGGUGAUGAUGAAGAUGACUGUGGUGAUGACGACGAAGAAGAAGAAGAAGAAGGCGAUGGAGGACAUGAUUCAAUUCAGUUAAACGAGUUUAACAAUACCACAUUAAUUAGUGAUCAAGAGAAUGAAUUCAAUGAAAAUAAUUCUCCAUCUUCACAAGAUAGAUAUAUUCAUUUAUUACAUCGACCUCGUUCAUAUGAUUCACCAUUACAAACUGGAUGUUGUGGUAUUAUUGGAAGUGAAGUAUCCUCUCAAGGAAGUAUAGAUGAUAGUGAAAGUAUUACUGAUCAUGGUGGAAUAAAUCAUCUUUCUGGAAGUAUAGAAAGUGGAUUAAAUUGUAGCGGUAGUGGUGUUGGUGUAGGCGAUGGAACUAGUAGUGGACUAGGAAUUACUAACAGUGGAAAUAAUGGAGGUGCAAAACGCCGUGGUCCACGUACAACCAUUAAAGCAAAACAAUUAGAUACACUGAAAACAGCAUUUGCAGCUACGCCUAAACCAACAAGGCAUGUUCGAGAAUCUUUAGCACAAGAAACUGGACUUUCAAUGCGUGUAAUUCAGGUUUGGUUUCAAAAUCGUCGUAGCAAAGAACGACGUAUGAAACAACUGAAUGCUCUUGGAACACGUAGAUCAUUCUACAGGAAUCCUAGACGACUGCGUGGAAUAAGAUCAGGUAUACUACCUAAUGAUUUCAGCUCAGGAGGUCCAGUUGACUUGAUGAACAAUCCAGCGUAUCAUGAGUACUUGGUUGGAUCUAGUCCAGAUAUUUACAAUACCAUUGUCUCAGCCGCUGCAGUUGCAUCAGGUGUUCCAUUUAAUUUACCAGGUCCACUCCCUAGUCUACCAGGAAGUUAUUCAUUACCUCAACAACUUCAACCUUCUUCAAAUGAUUCACUUGCUCCAGGUUCAACAGCCCAUUUAUUGAACAGUGAUGUAGUACCUUUCCAGAAUGAAAGCUUACUUCAUUUUCCACACAAUCAUACACACACUACUUCUAAUUAUAUGUCUAAUUCAGUUGGCUGCCCUCCAUGCCAUCCAUCGAAUUUAUCUAAUUCUGGAGUAAUUCGUGAUGAACCAAAGUCAGAUUCACUUUAUCCUCCAACUUAUUUCCCUUCAUCAUCUUCAUCGUCCUCCUCCUCAUCGAUGUCUUCACAGCAAGUAACAAAAUUAACACUAUAUAAUAACUGUUCGCCUACUGGGUCAAUAUUUUCAUCCUCUGAUCCAAGGGAUUUUCAUUUAUCGCAUUUCCUUGAAAGCGGUGCUGUGAAAGUACAUAACAAUGUAUUUAGUCAUCCUAACACUUUACCAAUGGUUGGUAAACCAGCCUAUAGUCCAUCAGGAAUAAAUUUUAGGAAUUUACCACCAUCGAUAUUUGAUGAAUUGACAUGUAGACCUAAUUUAGUCUAAAGUAUUGAUCAGGUCAUUUGGCACAAUACACAACAAUACUGUUAAUUUAUUUACACUUUUCAUCAAAUAUUUUCCAGUUCAAAGCAAACAGAAUUACCGUAAAACGGUCAUAUACUUCAACUGGUUUCCUUUAUUCAGUCUCCUACUGAUUUGUACAUAUUUCUCUGGAGAAGAUUAUUCAAAUUAAUUAAUUAGGAUAUCCACAAGAAAUUACUGUUUUUAAAAAUAAACAAACAAGCCAAUAGAUUAUGUAAAUACACUUAUUCGACUAUUCACAAACAAUUAGAAACUAUUUCACACUUAUUGUUUACCACCUUCCUCUAAUGAAUUCACUAAAUAAACUUCAAAAAGUAGUAGUAUGUGCAUGUAUGCAUGUAUGUGUUUCUGAGCAUACAUUAUAUAUAUAUAUAUAUAUAUAU